GCAAGCCUACCAAUGAAGACCAUUCUCCUCCUGUGCUUCGUGGCGUUGGCUGUGGCCGACAAGGACGCCAGAAUCGUCAACUUCCAGUACGGGAUUGAGGAGGAUGGUGCCUACGCUGCCGAAUACGAAACUACCAACGGGAUCUCGUCCAACGAGGACGGCAUCUCGUACCCGGGCAACGAGCCGGAGACUGGCAACUACGUGAGGAGUGGCUCCUACUCGUACGAGUGGGAGGGCGUCACCUACACCGUCACCUGGACGGCCGACGAGAACGGCUUCCACCCGGAGGGUGACCACCUGCCCGACUUCAGCCACACCCGCGAGCACAUCGGAGGCGUUUCGGAUGUUGAGUAACAUGCAGUCAAUGACAUCAAAAUUGUACGAAAAGAUUAUGGAAAGGGUUGGACUCAUUGCAAAUGACCGGGCCUUUCCCAUUCAGCUGAGCCAUGUCCGCCGUAAUUUCCGUCCGUCCAGGUUGUUCUUGGUGAGUGUUGUCCGUUGUUACCCUGUUGUCAUAUCGUGAAAGAAUAAA